AUACAUAAUAAGAUCAACAGCCAACCAGACUCUCCACUGAUUGCCUAGUUGUCUCCCUACUUUCAUUAGAUUCUCUCCCAGUUUUCUUUGUCUUCUUCUCUCCAAAACCCCUUAUUGUGCAGACAAGAAUCUUUUCAGCCUUCAGACAGCACACUUAGAUCACUGAUCUGUCAUUUGACCAACUAUUAUAUAUAAAUCAUAACAUGCAGAUAAUUCAUUGCCUCUUUAAGGCAGCGCAACAGAAAGAAAGAGACUAUAAUGGGGAUAGGCAAUUGAAAAGAAAAAGGAAGCAAAUCCAGUGGAUGUUCUCUAAGAAGAUGAAGAAAGAAGAAGUGAUAAGUAACAAAGUGGAAACUACUACUCAUGCAAGCAAUAAAGUUCUACCAAUAACAGACACUGCAUUAUCUUCUUCAGCUACCACAAAUAAUCAAUGUACUGCAUUGGAUAAAGUUGAUCAGAAGCUUAUUAAAACUAAUAAAGCCAUUUCUAGAAUGAAAGACCUAAUUAAAUGGGCUGCUACUGCCAAAUCUGAAAAGAAAGCAAAAUUCUUGGCAAGAAAGGUUCUACAUUUCAGAAAUAAAGGAGUUAUGAAAACAGUAGCAGAUGAUGAUGAGCUGAGCAAUGAAUCUCCAAAGAUAAGUUUCAGAUGGGAUGUUGAAAGCUGUUCAACUAUUACCUCUUCUUGUUCAGCAAUUUCCUCCAUCACUGACUUGACACUGAACAAUUUUCAACCUAAUGAUAGGAAGGCAAAUUGGAUUACUACUGAUUCUGAAUAUGUGGUACUAGAGCUAUGAAGGAAUGAAGACUAGCUAGAUGUUUUUCAUGGCUAACUUAAUUGUUGUAUCAUGACAUGAGCUAAGGAUUUGCUUUUUUUUUUCUUUGAGAUUUUAGAUGUUUUCAGUUUAACAUCAAUUGUAUUUAAGGAUCUGAAAAUGUAAUUAAGCAUAUUAAAAUGAAAUUUGGAGUUAAAGUUUUGGUGUUCCCUUUGAAACUAUGAAUAAUGAUAAGGCCAAACUCAUUUUGAAGCUUCUGUA